AUGAACAAAUGCUUUGUCAGGCACAGAAACAGAGAUGAGGAACAGCUCUUUUCUACACAUAAGGUGCCCACAGGGAAGAGCUACAAAACAGCAACUCUCCACCUUGGGCUUAUGCUGGUGAAACACUGCCAGGCGGAGGCAAUCGAAGGUGUGGCCAGAUGUGGCUGGACCCCCAAGCAAUUCCUUCUUCCGAAGAAUUAUGUGAGGGGAGGUGCGGCAUCAGUGCCCUUCUGGGUCACAGGUGCACAUACUCGAGCUUUUGAGAACAUGACAAGAGCUUACUGGAUUUACAUAAGUAGAAAGGCAAAGGUAUCCCUUGCCUACCACCAGCAGAAAUACCCUAGGCAGAGCAGCAACUUCAGAAACUGCAUUGAGAAAAGGAUGAACAGAGCUCUGAUUCUGGGGACCCUCACCCUGACCACCAUGAUGGGCCGCUCUGGUGGCGAAGACAUUGUGGGACCAGCUGACCAUGUUGCUUCCGAUGGCAUAAAUGUCUACCAGUCUUAUGGUCCCUCUGGCCAGUUCACCCAUGAAUUCGAUGGAGAUGAGGAGUUCUACGUGGACCUGGAGAAGAAGGAAACUGUCUGGCGGCUGCCUAUGUUUAGCACAUUUGCAAGUUUUGACCCACAAGGUGCACUGAGAAAUUUGGCUAUAACAAAACAAAACCUGAACAUCCUGAUUAAACUCUCCAACUAUACCGCUGCUACCAAUGGUAUGUGUCCACUUCUGAAACACUGGGAACCUGAGAUCGCAACCCCUAUGUCAGAGCUGACAGAGACUGUGGUCUGUGCCCUGGGGUUGGCUGUGGGCCUUGUGGGCAUCGUGGUGGGCACUGUCUUCAUUAUCCAAGGCCUCCACUCAGGUGGUGACUCCAAACAUUAAGGACCCUUGCAAGCUGCACCCUAG